AUGCAGGCUUCCAUGGACUCAGAAAUGGUUCGAGAGCGGCUGGAGGAGCUCGGGGAGGAGCUGCAGACGGUUGCGUCCUUGGUGCACCUGUCCAUCAAGAACCAGCAACACGGAGUGCAUGAGUCGGCUGGCAGCUUCGACUGCUCGGGGGAUGCGGAGAGGAAGUUCCAGGAUCUUAAGGGAGAGGUGCAAACCCUUGCGAGGGUGCUCGACAGCAACAGCUCAUCGGUGGCGUCGCUCACAGCCGACAGCCUCGCAGACGUGAACAGGCUGGCGGACCAGGCCUCCCGGUGCAAGGAAGCCAUCGGCGCUCUUGAUGGGCUGUGUCAGGCGGAGGAUUUCCUGAACUCCUCACAGUCUCUCCUAGCCAAGAACGAGUACGUCCAAGCGGCCGAUGCCGUGGCAAGCGCCGAGGUGCUCCUGGGCGACCUCCAGCGAGCGGAAGCGGCGAGCGCAAACCGAGGGGGAAGAGCUGGGGGCGGGGUCGACAAGGAGAACCGGCGGAACGGUUCCGGAACAGGGGGAGACAGCGGCGUCCUCCGCGCCGUGAAGCGCCUUCUCCUGAAGAGGAGGGCCGCGUUGGAGAGCCACCUUCGAGACCUGGUGCAGGAGGCCCUUCAGCUGGGACCCACCACUCGCUGCCGGAAGUUAUUCUCCGGGUACCUAUGCGAUCGUUAUUUCCGAUCGGCGGUGCCCCUCGUCGACGUCUUCGAGGCCCUCGGGAGGCUGGGCCAGCUCGACGCCCUGUUCUCAGAGAUUUCGGGGAAGCUGAGGAAGAGCGUCGUCGCACCCCUCCUGUCUGCUCGUCACGUACCUCCUCCGAAGCGAGUUUCGGACGCGGACUCGGCUUCGCUGACUUACGCUCCCGCCCCAGCCAUCGGGGUCGGCGCCGGUGGAGCAUCGGCGAGUCCGGGCGCAAGCGGGUUUCCAUCGAAGGAGGGGGGGGGUAAGGAAGGGGGCCCCGGGAUGGUGUCGGAGCUGCUUGGUCGUGUUACGGUUGUGCUGGAGUUUAUGCACGAAGAGGUUUUAGGGGGACGGGCGCACCUGACUUCGGCGUUCGGCUUGCAGCUGAUGUCUGACCCGGAUGGGCUGAGCAAGAUUCUCCUCAACAAGCUGGAGGACCACAUCCCGCACAGCGCACAGCAGCUGCCAGACUUCGAACGGGGAGCGCGCGACGCUUGCUACCUCUUCGAAGAUCGUCUCUGCGAGAUGGGCUACUACGCGAGCGACAACGCUGCGCCGGUCAACCAGCAGAAGGCCGCCGUGCGGGGGAAGCUGUGCCGUUUUGUUGAAACCGUCGACGGGAGGUUUUCGGCGAAGCGCAGGAGAACUCUCCUUCAGCAGGCUCGCGACCUGGCCCUAGGGGACUACCACAACACUGUCGAGGUUUCCGAUGCCCUGGAAGGCGGUGCUUCGUCCGACGAAGCUUCUUCCGAGGGUGUCACAUCAGCGAAGGGUUCGAAAAUGGGAAUUUACGGCCACGACAAGGACAAUAACAAGACGCAGGCGUUUCGGCUCGAGGCAUGCCAAGUGUCGACCGUGGCCAGCUCCCUUGUGGCGCUUGUUCGUGCUACCCUUGCUGAGGCUUGUUCGGACCAGAUCCCGCUUCAUUGCGCUAAGGAGCUGUUCCGUACGGCGAGGGACAUGCUCGACCUUUUCAGGGCGGUGGUUCCCGUCCAACACGCCAACGCCCUGGACGGCGUCCCUCGCAUCGCGGCGGUCUUCCAAAACGACUGCCUCUACCUCGCGCACCACAUGGUCACUCUCGGCCACGAGUUCCGACACGGCUUGCCUCCCCCAGCUAACCAGACGGCCACGAUGAUCGAUACCGUGCACCUUUUCCGAGAGCUGGCUGCGCACAGCUUCUCCGAGCAGCAGCAGCGGCAACAGCGGCAGCUGCACGAGUUCUUCGUCGGAGUGGAUGUCCUCGCCUCCACCGAAGCCGCCGCCGCAUCAUCAUCAUCAUCAUCGUCAUCGUCUUCCUCGCUCCAUGACGCCACCACCUCCGCCCUGGAAGGCAUGUUCCCCCACGGGGAAGGCGAGAACUAUCCCCGGGAGCGUCUCGAUGCGAGGGGAUGGAUGGCCGCAUCCGGGGGCGACGCGGCGACGGUGGGAUACGGCGGGGGCGGCGGAGAGGAAGGGUCAACGGCGGUAGCUGUGCGGAAGUCGGUGUACCACUUGCGGCAGCUUCGGCAGGCCUGGUGCAAGGUUCUCCCCGACCGUGUGUACAAGCGUGCGAUGGGGGCGCUGCUAUCGCUGGUGGCCGGCAAGAUCUGCACGCCCGUUAUGGGCGCCCAAGACUUGGCUGAGGAGCAAACGCACGCUCUCCACAGGAUCUUCAAGACGCUGGGAGAAGCGGCCCAAGACAUUUUUGACUCUCCAGCAGAAGCGGAGCAGUAUACCCCAGGCUGGAGCAAAGCGGUUGUAGUCGGGCAGAUGAUGGAGCUUGGGCUGGAGGCUAUUGGGGAACGACUUCAGGGUGAAGGCGACGGGCUGCGGCCCUUAACGAAUGACGAGCUGGUUGGCUUGAUCAGGGCAAUUUUCCAAGACAACGCCGGCAGAGGUGCUAUUCUCGACGCCAUCACUGAGGUCUAGUAGCUGCAAUGCAAUGGGGAGCCGGAAUCAAGAUGACAAUCGAAUUUCAUGUGUGCAUGCUUGUCGAAAGACACAUGUCCCCAGGGGCGCGGUCGACACAAGAGAACGAGUCUGAAAAAGGUGUAGUUUGAGGGGGUCGCGGACGAACGCCCACGAAAUGUCGUUUGUUCUUGGGUUUUGUACGAAGUAAGCGUGCCUCGUCUUUGGUAGCCGCCGUGGUUUUAUUCUGUUUUGGUAGCUGGAGGGCAAUCACCUCCAAGUUCGUCAAGCCCAGUGUGUCGCGUUGGAAAUGGGUUGCGCGGGCGGCCCAACGGUUGGCACGUGCCAUCAGCGGUGCCCCCCGCUGUUGACGCAAAGCUUCUCAUGCAACCAUCAAGAGGGUUUCGGUUCGUUGCUAGGCAGGUAGAUGCGUAGUAGACGCAAAAAAACAAGCGCGCUCUCGUGUCGUUGGCCGCGUGUGCGGGAGUGCAGCAGAGACGCAUUUUUGACAUCGUCCUGAUGUACGCACAUUGUACGUUCCUCCUGACCAGACGAGUCUCGCUCCUUUCGUGUGUCGUGUUGUUGGUCCCUUCAUGGAAGCGUCCUGCGUUCUCGUUGGGGGUACGAUAGAGUUUUUUUGGCAGGCCGGGGUUCGGACCAGU